UAAGUGCGACACAAACUGGCGGAAGUGAACGACUUGUGCUCAGAACAAAGACGCUCUCAGUUGGUGACUUCAGGCUCUGUUUGCCAAAAUGUUCCAAGCGAAGCUUAUUGCGCUCUGCUUCCUCCUCCAAACCGGGCUGACCCAGAAUUGUGACUGGGACCAGUCCACGGAUCCGAACCAGAACCUCGCCCCGGACGCUUUGAAAGCGGGAGCGCGCUACCUGGGCCACAUCCAGGAGGUUUCUGAUGCGGAGACCUGCCGAACCGCCUGCUGCCAGGACUCGGACUGUGACCUGGCUCUGAUCGGGCUGCCCAUGGACGGAGGGAUGCAGUGUAUGCUGGUGAGCUGCGGCACCGGGGGCUGCAGCCUGCAGCGCAGCUCCCAGUUCCAGGUGUACCGAAAGAAGAGCCAGAACCGGGCCGAGCAGGAAGAGCCCGCAGGCGGGGACAAGAUCCAUGUCGUCCCGCUGAUGGAGGCUGAGGAGCCGAAGAGCAACGCUACUAACAGCGAUCUUUGCCGUCUGCCAAAGAAGACUGGUCCAUGUCGGGCUGCGUUCCCCCGGUUCUUCUACAAUGUGACAAGUCAGAGCUGUAGCACCUUCAUCUUCGGCGGCUGCGAGGCCAACGGCAACAACUUCGUGUCCCAGGGAGAGUGUGAGGCCACCUGCAGUGGAGUCACUGGCUCAGUUCUUACUGAGGACCAGACUUCCUCCCCUCCCCCAGCGGCUCCCAAGGCUCCUCGGAUGGCACCAUUAGAGUCCGCCCCUCUAAAGAAGACUGAAAUCCAAACUGAUGACUAUGCAGAGAAGUGUGAAGCAAAAUAUCAGACUGGACCCUGCAGAGCUUCCAUACAGCGCUGGUUCUACAACAAAGAGACCGGAAACUGUCAGACUUUCAUCUUUGGUGGCUGCAGAGGAAACAAGAACAAUUACCCAGACGAGGACAGCUGCAAGUCCGCCUGUGUAGGAAUCUCUGUACUGCCUUCCUCCAAGAAGGUCCCAGAAGAUAAAGAAGCUUCUGCAGAGCGCUGCUCUUUGAGUCCUGAGGGUGGACUCUGCCGGGCCUACUUCCCAAAGUUCUACUAUGACCCAGACACAGCCUCCUGCCAGAGUUUCGUGUACGGCGGUUGUGGAGGGAAUGCCAACAACUUCAACACCAUAGAGGAGUGCAUGGCUGCUUGCUCCGGAGCAGGUUUGUUCGAUAGUCGUGGUAAAACCAAAAGCCGAUGGACCGCAGCUGCCUUCCUCUUUGUCACUCUGGCUGCCAUCUCUGCUCUGCUGCUUGCCACGCUGGUCGUCAUCACGCUGAGACGCCGCCGUCUGUCCCGUAGUUACUCCACCAUUAGUGACAAGCAGGGGCUUAUCCCCGACAGGGAUGAGCUGUCAUCUCAGGACUCGAUGAGCAUUCCUGAGAGCCCCAGACCAGAACCAAAGGCCUAGGUGCUCUGAAUCCACUGGGGCUCUGCCUCAAAACUGAUCUCUCAUUUCUUACUGGGAUUUAUUAUGGUGACAAAGAUCUGGUCAAAAAUUGGAUCAAUCAUUCCUUAAAUGGUUAAUUAAAGCCUGAAUGGGCUGAUCUUCAGUUCUGAGGCAGAUCCCAGGGCAUCAAUAAAAUAUUUUCUCCUUUUUACAGCAUCAGAGCCCUGUCUGAUUUUGUCACUGAUCACCACC